AUGUUUCUUAGUACUACUGGUAGCUCUCUGACAUCAUCCUCGCACCUGCUAGCAGCCACAUGGGAAAAUGCACUAGAGCAUUUCAGGCGUGCUCUGCUGGAGUGUGGCUCUCCAUUAGAUAUUGAGCACUCACAAAGAAUCGGGCUGCUUUUUUCCCAGCACGCAGGGAACACAAAUGAGCUCAAACGAUGGGCAUCAAUUUUCGACGCUGAAGCUGUGCCGACAACAGCGCUUAUUCUGAAGGCUCUCGUAAAUCACGGCCAGUGGCAGACGGCCGUUAAACUCCUCGAGCUCAACAAAGAAAGCGGAGUUGCAUGUGAACUGAGUGAAGUUUUGGGUCAAUGCCUUGUAGCCAGAGGGCUUUGGCAACAGACACUGAAACUAGCAGACUUUCUUCAACUUCGGCACGACGCUGCACCGAGAGAAAAAAGUCUUGCUCUAAGUAAUGCCUCACUGCUAAGUACAAGGGAGCAAAACGAUUCCCACCAAAUGGCAUCAAAUCCAGCUUUUCUACCGGAGGAGGAAAGGACAACGUACUGUGGAUUUGUUUCUGCUGUCGCUCGCGCAUAUCCUUCAAAGCGGGACUGGAAAGAAGCGGUGAGAAUCCUACACGACCUAGAGCAGCUUGUCGAUGACGAAACGAAAAGGAAGCUCUACGAGUACAGAAUUGCUCGACUUGUACACGACGGACAAGCGUACAAGAACGUAAUCGAGAAAAGCCAGUAUGAUCUGGGAUUUCGCACAUCACCGUCACUGGUCCGCUCACUUCUUCAUUGCGCCAUAGCAACAAACGACUGCAGUCUUACCAUGAAUUGUCUAAAAGUGCUGUGCUCGUUCGGCUCCACUGCAGUAUCUGUAAGGCUUUUCGAAACAGCUUGCCGCCUGCUUGUAUCGUCUGAUGCAACUUGGACAAAGGAAGAUCUUGUUCGCUUCGGAUCUGUUGUCUGUGAGAACGCCGCUUUGGUGAAGGACAGGAACUUGCAAAAGUUGGUAUCUGCCUUUUGCGCUGAUUACGAUUUGAAAAUACCCAUUUUCCCAUCUUCUAUUUCAAUGUUGGCUUCAUCGUCGAAAACCGCGGUGGUGCCAUCACUCGUGAACAGCAUAACCAAUCUCGACCGACUCGCGAGCACACUAAUUUCUCAGAGCCGAUGGGAGGAGGCAUUGCAGGUGGCUACCUUAAUCAGAAAUGGUGCUGCACAGAGCGAUAAUGAGCGCAUCAUAGUUGACAUACUGCGUGGAAGUUGCUCAUCGUGGGUGAAAACGUUGCAGUUUUUUACAUCAUAA